AUGGAGGGAAACGACAGGGAACAGGAGAAUACUGAUGACGCUCCCAUUAGACCUGUCUCCUCUUUGCUCUCGCACUUUGAGAAUCUCUCGCAUAAUCAACCUCGAGCGUCGUCUGCAUUUGGUACUAGCCCACACGACUCCUCUAGUCGCUUCCUCAGGACCCCCGAACCCGGCGACGAGCCCCGAUCUAGUCGCGCCUCCUUGGACUUGCCUCGGCCAUGCUCCCCAUGGACUACGACAGGCGAUGAUAGACCAAGCCGUGAGAAUGGACAGAACAAUGGCGAUCAGUUGCGCGCACGCGGAUCCCCCGGAGGUCGAUAUGGCCGGCCCAUUUCGAUGAGCAUCCACCACUCCUCGCCACAGCUGCCGCCUACCUUGACCGUGCACUCCCCCAAGUCGCCGCCGCGGAGCUUGGAGCGCGAACGUCGUUCACCUCCUCAGGAUGAUCGUCGUAUAUCUCGAAGCUCGAUCUAUCUCCCUCGGGAGUCGGUGUCGGCAGGGGUCUCGCCUGCGCCCAGGGCUCGUCCGGUGACGCCGCAGUUCGAAUCGUCGGUGCCUGCAGGGGAGCCAAUGGAGCGGCUGUCGCCGGGUAUGACCACGGCGAAUGGGCGUAGUAGCCCCGCAGACCGGAAGCUGAAGAGUGCAUCAUUGCCUCCACCAGCAAACCGGGCUGAGAAGCCGAAGAUUCCUGCUAAGCCGGCGAUGCUCUCGCACCAAGACGCUGGUAGUCUAGCUCCCCGGCAGGAUAGACCGUCAGUGGAUGAUCAUGUGUCGCCGUUUAGCACUCCCCCAGGUAGCCCGGAAAAGGCCCCGAUCAAGCCGAUGUCUACUGGAAAGCUUCCUCCUAAACCACCUGGCCGGCCUACGACGGAACCACCCAGCCGGCGCUCUUUCGAUGAACGGCCGCCAGGAUUAUCAGCCCCUGCAAGGCAGGAUCCUAGGGAUCUCGGAUUCUCCAGGAAUCGACCAGCUCUUGAACCUUCUCGAGCUACCAAGCCCUUGUCGGUACAAAUCCCGCCUUCAUCCCCUGGCUUCAUUGACCCUGCGUCAACGGCUCCGCCACUUUUUGCUCAGAGACUCCGAGCCAGUGACAGUUCUUAUGACCCCCCAGGACUUCCUCCAAGAUCAGCGUCUACGGCAAUGCGUCGAAGUGGAUUUUCCCCCGCUAGAGACUCUUCACAAACGGUGGACACGCCUGCUCAAAUGACACCUCUCGGCCGGUCUGCUCCUUCCUUCCCGCCCAUCAGUAAGGAAAGUCAGCCUUUGCGUCAGAUUGCGCGACAACAAUCACUACCACGCGAGUCGCGCAUGCCAUCGUACCCGGAGCGGCGUGUGGUUCGAACGGAUACGGAAGAGGAGGAGUCAAUGGCUGACGAGGGCCAAGUAUCAAGGACGGACUAUCCUGAUGCAUCGCAGGCAAAUCGUCGACCUCCUCUCUUCAAAACAGGACCAAGCGAGAUCCACACCAGGUACGACACUCGGCUGCUUGCCGUGUGUGGUAAGUAUGUCUGUACGACUGGAUAUUUGACGCGCGUUUGGGAUCUUACGACAGGAGAGCAAGUCAUGAGUCUUAGUCAUGGUGAGACGGUGAAAAGCUUGUCUCUAGCUUUUAAGCCAGGUACCGCCCUUGAAGAUGAGGGACAGCGCAUUUGGCUUGGGACCAGUGCAGGUGAACUUCACGAAGUUGAUAUUUUGACCAACGCGAUUGUGGCUACUCGGUCGUAUCCGUCUCGUCGUGAAGUCAUCCAGAUUCUGCGCCACAAGAAAGAAAUUUGGACACUGGAUGAUGAAGGGCGGCUGCUAGUAUGGCCGCCAGAUGAGACUGGUACACCUAAUAUGCAGUAUAGCUAUUACAGCCCUCAUGAGCGUGUUGCACGAGGUCACACAUUCUCCAUGGUCGUGGAUGACAAGUUAUGGCUUGCAUCUGGCAAAGAUGUCUACAUAUACCGUCCAAACUCCCGGGAAGAUUCCGCAUUCAAAGUUCUCAAGCGGCCACUGGGACAACAGCAUUCCGGGGAUGUGACGUCUGGCACUUAUACCACCCAAGACGGGGGCCGUGUAUACCUAGGACACGCGGACGGCAAAGUCACCGUAUAUUCCUCAACGGACUACUCCUGCUUGGCGGUGGUGAAUGUGAGUGUUUACAAGAUCAACUGUCUCGGCAUGGUGGGAGACUACCUUUGGGCAGCGUAUAAAACGGGCAUGAUCUACGUCUACGAUGUUAAGACCAAUCCUUGGACGGUGAAGAAAGAUUGGCGUGCCCAUGACAGUCCCGUUUGCGGCUUCGUGCUGGACACAAGUAGCGUGUGGACGAUGAAUCGGCUUCAGGUGACGUCUCUCGGAACGGAUAAUUGUAUUCGGCUUUGGGAUGGAAUGCUGGAGGAUGACUGGCUUGAAAACCGGAUGCAAACUAGAGAUAUUGAGUUCUGCAAGUUCCGUGAAAUUCGGACAGUCAUCGUUACUUGGAAUGCUGGGGCUUCGACGCCUGGUAGUGUUCGCACGUCGGAUUUCAUCCGAGAUGCUGUUCACCCAGAGGAUCCGCCUGAUAUCAUUGUUUUCGGGUUUCAAGAGUUGGUUGACCUUGAGAACAAGAAGAUUACUGCCAAGAGCUUGUUGCUUGGAAGCAAGAAGAAGGAUAAUGGUGAGAAGGAGCAUAUGAGUCGGCAGUAUCGGGUUUGGAUUGAUCAUCUCACCCGAACUCUUCACGAGUGCAUGCCUCUUGAGGAAUCCUACGUUCUUCUUCAUACUUCCAACAUGGUCGGGCUUUUCACUUGUGCCUUUGUGAAGCACAAGGAACGCCAUAAUAUCAGUAAUAUCAGCGCAUCGGAGAUCAAGCGGGGAAUGGGAGGAUUGCAUGGUAAUAAGGGUGCCUUGAUCUUCCGUUUCGUCCUCGAUGAUAGCUCGCUGUGCUUUGUCAACUGUCAUCUUGCGGCGGGCCAGACUCAGACUGCCCAUCGCAACAACGACAUUGCGGCCAUUCUCGAAGCAGAGACCUUACCGCCUGAAAGCAGCCUCACUACUCGCACCGCUCAGUUUGCUAGUGGCGGUGACGGUUCGAUGAUCAUGGAUCAUGAGAUCUGUAUCUUGAACGGCGAUUUGAAUUACCGUAUUGAUGCCAUCCCACGUAAUGUCAUCAUCGACGCCGUCCGUCAGAACAACCUCCCCAAACUUCUCGAACGCGAUCAACUGUUGGCUUCUCGACGGAAGAACCCAGGCUUCCGACUCCGCAGCUUCACCGAGGCGCCUAUCACUUUUGCGCCGACGUAUAAAUAUGAUGUCGGCACCGACCAGUACGAUACGAGCGAGAAGAAGCGCUCCCCCGCCUGGUGUGACCGCGUUCUCUACCGUGGCCUAGGCCGCGUCAAGCAGUUGGAGUAUCGUCGACAUGAAGUCCGUGCCUCCGAUCAUCGGCCGGUCAGUGCGACCUUCAAGGUUCGCGUUAAGACGGUUUUGCCGCAGGAACGCGCGGUGGCAUGGGAGGCGUGCCAGCAGGACUUUCAAAAUGAGAAGCGCCGGCUGGCUUCUGAGGCUAGCAUUGAGUAUCUUAUUACUGUCCUUGGCACCGAUCCCCGCCAGGCUCGUGGGUUGAUUCUUGGUCAGGGUCAAUAG